AUGCGCUCCCUGAGACCAUCCGCCGCGCGUAAAAUCCGCGCACCGCUCACCUCCGAAUCAGCCGCCUCAUCCCCAUUUCGUACGCGACAAAUCGGCGCACCAUGUCUCUUUUGCGCCCACCGGAUAACACCUCAAGCAGCUUUCCGUCGCUUCCAAUCCACGUCAUUGAGCUCGAAUACGGUCGAAAAGCCACUUGAAACAAAAUCAUCAGCAACUGCGCAAGCCCCACAAACACACUAUUCCUUCUUCCCCGUAUCGCUCCCCGACGGUCCUCCACCAAACGGCCCCUUUGCCAUCGACCUCGCCGCCCUUAAGCGCGAGUUCCUGCAGCUACAAGCUCGCGCGCAUCCCGAUCUCCACCCGCAAGCAGACAAAAAGCGUGCCGAAGCCACAUCAGCGCGGAUAAACGAAGCCUACAAAACGCUGCAAAAUCCCUUACUGCGCGCACAAUACCUACUUUCCUUACGCGGCAUUGAGGUGGCGGAGGAUGAGACGGCCAAGGUGGACGACCCGGAACUGUUGAUGGAGGUUCUCGAGGCGAGAGAGAGUAUAGAGGAGGCGGAGCGAGAGGAGGAUUUGGAAGAGAUGCGACAAAGGAACGAAGAGAGAAUAGUGCAAAGUACAGAGAUUAUCGACAAGGCGUUUAAAGAGGAUAACCUAGAUGCAGCAAAGAGCGAAGCGGUAAAAUUGCGGUACUGGGUGAAUAUCAAAGAGAGCAUAGAGAACUGGGAAAAAGGUGUACCGGUUGUGUUGCAGCAUUAG